CAUAGCAUUAGGCUAUGCCAGUUAAAGUGGUGUCGAGUUGCGUUACUUUUCCAGUGUAGAGAUCCGCCCUAGACUAGCCUUUCAACUCCCCAUCCCCCUUUCCCCGCCCUCCAAAAUUCAGGCAAACCGAAAGGCCUCCGACGGGGAAAACAUUCCCAGGGAUUGGCUGCCCUUUCUCUUGCGCCGCCCCCCACCCCGCGCUCUUCUCCGCGGCAAACAAACUUCGCUCGCGAUGGCUGUAUUUCCAAGGCGGGGGAAACCCAAGUCUCCGGCCUCAGCUGCCAAAUCCCAAGUUUAUAUCUUUUGGAGUUUUCUAAUUUCCAAAUAGAUAUUUAGCAGGAGGGGUUGGGAAGUUAAGGAACAUCGAGGACCAGAUGUUUACUCCAAAUUAAGACCCAUUUAGAACCCCCGGUGGCGAAACGGAUUAAACCGCUGAACUUGCUGACCGAAAGUAACAUUUUAUACGCAAUCAUGGAAAUGGAAUCACAAGACUCUAAAUCUGUACCACCACCUCCAGCAUAUUCUGGCCCUGGCUAUCCAGCUGCCCAAGCCCAGUAUGGAUUUCCUCAAUAUGUACCUGGAUCUGCUAUUCCAGGUCAGCCAGUUGCCAAUGAAGGUGUCACAGUCCAAGGUCAGCUGACUACACCAGGGCCAAUAAUUUGGAUGCCAACACCACCUCCAGUUCCUAAAUGUCCACCAGGGUUGGAAUAUUUGUGCCAGAUUGAUCAGAUAUCAAUUCAGCAGCAGAUUGAGCUGAUGGAAAUGAUAAGUGGCUAUGAAACCUGUAACAGAUAUGAAGUCAAAAACUCUAUGGGGCAGUGGAUUUACUUUGCAGCCGAGGAAAACGAUGACUUCACUUUGAAUAUGUAUGGAGCAUUGCGGUCAUUCACCAUAAAACUCUUUGACAGCAGAAACCAACCCGUCAUGCAGUUGUCGAGAGCGUUUCACUGUGCGAUUUGCUGCUGCCCUUGUGUUUGCUGUUUACAAGAGCUGGAAGUUCAGGCCCCACCAGGCACAGUUAUUGGCUACGUUAAGCAGAAGUGGCACCCCUGUCUGCCUAAGUUUGCCAUCCAAAAUGAAGCCAGAGAAAAUGUGCUUAAAAUGGCCGGCCCUUGUGUUCCAUGCCGCUGUUAUUCAGAUAUUCAUUUUGAGGUGAAGGCGCUGGAUGAAAUAUCCACAGUUGGAACCAUUUCAAGACAAUGGGGAGGAUGGGCAAGAGAAGCUGCUACAGAUGCAAGCAGCUUUCAAGUCCAAUUUCCAAUGGAUCUUGAUGUUAAAAUGAAAGCAAUCAUUCUUGGGUCUUGCUUUCUUCUGGACUUCAUGUUUUUUGAAAGGAGUGGAAACAGGAACAGACAAAGGAGGACAACUGGGAUGCACAGAGCUCACAGACAUCAUGGUGUUCAUGCAAGGCAUGGGCAUCACAGGCGUUAAUUCUGACCAAGUUUACUUUAUGAAUACUUCAGGAUACCCAUAUUAUUCUGUGGUGUUACAUAUGUACUUUUUUUUUAAAGGAGCUUAUUUUUAAACUGUAUAAAUAUGGCUGCAGUCUUGAACACCACUUCUAUUAUUGCAUUCCUCAUAACUCUUCACAAAUAACUUAACUGAGCAAACUAUAGACAUAUAGGCACAUUUAUUCAUAAAGUAUAUGAAUUAUGCUAAUAUUCUAAAAGUUAAACUGAUUGCAAAAGAGAAAGAGGCAAAUACUGACCCUCCAUUUACCACUAUUGUUUCCAUCUGUGUUAAAAGGAUUUGAAGGAGAGUUGUUCUAUGCUUUGUUGAUGAUUUGUGGCAACCUGAAAGCAUUUUUAAAUUUUUUCCCUACAAUAUUUGUUUGGAGGAGGGUUCUCACUGAUUUCCUCUCAGGAUGUAAGAAUGAUUUGCAUAAAGACAUUAGAGAUGGACUUUCAUAGUCAAGCAGGGGUUCAGACUCUUCUAGUAUGUGAGUCAUUCACUCAAGCUACCACACAGAAAUAGCUCUUGAUGGUGUACUAGCUAAGAUGAAUGCCCAUGUUUCAAUUUCCCCAAAUCUAAAUUGUGUGAAAUCAGACCCAAUGGAAUCAAUGAAUAACCAAGUAGACCAAUGGAUUUACUCUUGGUGGAAAUGACUUUAAGAUUUUUUAUCCCAUAUAAUUAUUUUUGCCACUUCUAUCAUGAUUCUUUUUUACUAACUUGUUUUAAUUAUCACAUUCAAUUGUAGUUGUGUUAGCCACAUUGAAUGUUUUCUCUGUCAUACUAAAAUGGUUGGCAUGCAAAGCAAAUGGCAAUGAUACUGCUUAGGCUUUGAGCAAUUUCUUCAAAGAAAUAACACAUUCCAAUGAAA